GAGGGGUUUACACAGAAGUUUGUGUAAGAGGAAGAACUGCAGCAUUUUUCAUGAGGCCUUUCAACAAGUUCAAACCGUGAAGCAGAAAGCAGGGAGGUGCUGCAUUUGCCUAGAAAAUUAACAAAAGCUAUGGAAAUCCCAGCAAUAAACUUAAAGGCAAUAGUGCUGGCACACUGGCUGCUCACUAUGUGGGGAAGCAUGGGUAUUCUUCCACCAUCCUAUGCAUGGGGAAACUUUAGUGUUUUAGCAGUUGGAGUGUGGGCAAUUGCACAGAGGGACUCCAUUGAUGCUGUUCUCAUGUUCCUCACGGGAAUGGCUGUAACGAUAUUGACUGACAUCAUCCAUUUUGGGAUCUGGUAUCCGCACACACCUUUUCAGGGAGUACAAAGUUUCACUGCAGGAAUGGCUAUCCUCAGCCUGCUGCUUAAACCUGUUUCCUGCUUCUUCGUCUAUCAAAUGUACCGUGAACGAGGAGGAGAUUACAAUGUCAACUUUGGUUUUCCUUCUUUAUCUCGAAACAGAGAUGCUUAUCAGUCCAUUGACCAGCAGGAUGAGUCUUCCAGUCCAUCAAAUCCUUUCAACCAGGCUCAAGACACCAAACUAGGGGUCCGCACUUACUGAACAUUGCACAUCAGUAAAGAUGUUAGCUUUUUUCUUUUUUUUUUUUUUUUAAAGCAGUACUACAGCCAUAAAGAUCAUUUUUAAAAGGUCAUUGCUGGCCGUUUAGCAAGACCAAGGAAAAUAGAUCCUCUCAGCUUUCACUGAAAAGCAGUUUUUCUUUUUUUUUUUUUUUAAGUUGAGGCUUUGAAAGAAAAAAAUGAUUUGCGCUGCAGUUGCACAGACUGAUUAUAUUCAGAAAACACACCAUGGGUCACUGUAAUGCUAAGAUGCAGCUCUGAUUCUUCUAGCAGAACAGUGCUUUAAGAAAAGCAAGUUGUUUUAAAAAAUGUGGUGUUUGUAAACAUUAAAACUGAGAUGUUUCUCUCUGUUGCAUUACUUUUUACAUGUUCUCAUUUCCAUAUGGUAGAACAGGUCCAAAAAAUGUUUUUUUUUUUUUUUUUUAUACCAAAUUGUUUAGUCAGUUUUGUUACGAGAAACCUUUUGUUUAAAAAUGUAUGUUGUACCGACACAAAAUAUAGCAUUCAACUUAAAAUUUAACAGAAAUGUUCUCAAAAGUAAAAUUUCUGUUUUCUAAUAACCAAUCCAGCUGUGUCUUGGAGUCAGAUAAGCUAAAUUUGUUUUGUAUGCUUAGUAACCAAGAAACAGCAGUAUUGGCACAACUGCAAAAACAACCUAACAUUGAUUAUUGGCAAGAAGGCUCGUUUUAUAGACCUAAGCCUGGUAAUUAGAUUUUAAUUAUACAUAGUCUUUUAACAGUGAAGGGUUUUGUUAACCAACUUCAACAUGCUUUGAGAUGUAGCUUUAUUUAAGAGCAUAUAUACUCCAGGCAGAACUAUUUUGAUUUAUUCAGUGUUUUUUUUUGUUUUUUUUACCUCUGGAAUAUUAUACACAAAUUACUCAGCAGUAAAAAGAAACAAUACAUUGUUGCAUUACUUUGGUUUUUACUUUUAGUUCUCUUCUUUGUCAUAAGUUCUCCUUUUGAAAGCCUAACGAUCUGUGCCGUGGAAUUGAUAUUAUGUAACUAUGCUGGUCACGUUGUCUGUGUGUAAAAAUGGUCAACCUCUACUAAACCAAGUUAUACCUUCCUAACAUGAUUUAUCAAAUGAAUGUGUACCAGCAUCUAAGUAAAGAAAUACUACAUAUCAAUCCUUGUUUUUGUUUUUUUACCAUACCAUGUAUUAUACCUGAUAGAAUGCAAAGAAAAAGUGUUUGACCCGAAACAGGUUUUCUUUUGUUUCUUUUCUCUAAGCCCUAAAUGAAAAUAAAUAAGAGUAUAUAUGGAAACAAGAAAAAAAAAACACAAAACACUUAUAAGACAAAAUUAAUUGGAUCAGGAACACUGGCCAUAGCUGAAACAACUUAGAGGGGUUCAGAUUAUCUUGUUUUUUUCGCUAUGACCUUGUGGAUCAGAUGUCAACUUUUAGAGAAGCCUAAAUUAUUUAGAAAGUGUUUUUGUUAACUUUAUCAAGUCUUUUGAAAAAGUGUACAACUACAGUUGGAAGCGUUGAAGUGUAAGAAUACUGCAAGAUGCUCGUAGUUUUACUGGAUUGUAUGAAGCUGUUUUGUCUGCAGUUGGCACAGAACUAUGAAUAAGAUUUACCUGCCGAAUUCUUUUUUAAGUUGUUUAAUAAAAAUUGUUAAAUUAUUGGACCGUGAUCAGCAUUUUUCCUAUAGCUGCUUAGACCUUGCAUAUUCUACUUAAAAUGUAUCCAACUUUGUUGAUAUUUUUUUCUUGUAAAUUCUCAUAAGCUAAAGUACUAUUGUUUAUAUUUUCUCUAAUGAAGCCUCAUGUAUCUUUGCAUUUAAAUAUUUUUACAUUUCAUGGUUUCUUCUCACCCUGCUGUUCCCACAAAUCCUUGUGUUGUAUGCCUUUGAUUUAUACUGCCAGACAACACAUUAAUCUGUGUGUUUUUGUUUUGAAAAAAAAAAAGAAAAAACAGCUUUUCA